AUGUGGUCGUGGCGCCAUUGCUGGAAAUAUCUACCAGUAUUCCGCUUCUACAUCUAUUCUGGGGUCAUUGUUUUCGCAAUUUUCAAGUUCGUAGUGCCAAUCAAGCCUCGUCAUCGCAUCAUGUAUCACAAAGGGAAGGCUGAUGCUCACCAUCACGAGGUUGAACACUGGUACGGCAUUCGACAGAAGAAGGCCGAUGCAGGAGUAUUUCAAGAAGUACAAUCCACUCAAGAAGGAAGGCGAGGUCGUAGUUGGAGGUCAUUAGAAAACGAUUUAGUUCUCGAGGUUAAUAGUAAAUGCUAUGUGAAU